AGAUGUCUCGGUCGUCGUCGAUUCUCUCUUCACUCAGCCAAGGGAACGAACAAACCCUUUUCUCUCCGUCGAGUUGCCGUUCCGAUUCUCUAAACCCUAGCUUCAGCUAAUUUAUUCAUCAGAUUGAGGGUUGUCAAACGCUUCGAUUUCUCAUGCCGAUUUAGGGUUUUGUUCUUUUUGGUGAUUAGAAUUCAGAAUCGUCGACUAAACGAUCAGAAUGUCGAAGAGGAAGUUUGGCUUUGAAGGGUUUGGAAUCAAUCGACAAACUACUUACAAUUUUGAGCGCUCCCAAGCUCCCCAGAGGCUUUAUGUCCCUCCCUCGUCGCGUGGCCAUGGGCACGACAAUUAUGAAGAUACCGACGUUGAUAAUAUAGAAUAUGAUGAUAAUGAAGCGGAGGAAGCGAGUGGAAACGGCGACAAUGUCGCUGGCGCUGGCGCUGGCGCUGGCGGUGGUGAAGAAGAAGAAAUUGACCCUUUAGAUGCGUUCAUGGAGGGAAUUCACGAAGAGAUGAGAGCACCCCCGCCCCCCAAACCGAAGGAGAAGGUGGAUAAGUAUAGGGACGACGAGGAGGAUGAUCCAAUGGAGAGCUUUCUUAAGGCUAAGAAGGACGUGGGACUGACGCUGGCUGCUGAUGCGCUUCAUGCUGGUUAUGAUUCGGAUGAGGAGGUUUAUGCGGCAGCUAAGGCUGUGGAUGCAGCGAUGGUUGAGUACGACUCUGAUGAUAAUAUGCUGAUUGUUGAGAAGAAAAAAAUUGAAUCAAUUCCUGCUCUAGAACAUAGUUCCAUUGAUUACGAGCCGUUCAAUAAGGAUUUCUACGAGGAGAAAGCUUCAAUAUCAGGAAUGAGUGAGGAGGAAGUUUCUGAGUACCGGAAGAAUUUGGCUAUUCGUGUGUCGGGUUUUGACGUUCCUAGGCCAAUUAAAACAUUUGAAGACUCUGGAUUUUCCCCUCAACUUAUGAAUGCUAUAAAAAAGCAAGGGUACGAGAAACCUACUUCUAUACAGUGCCAAGCUAUGCCGAUUGUGCUUUCCGGGAGAGAUAUCAUUGGAAUAGCAAAAACGGGUUCCGGUAAGACUGCUGCUUUUGUUCUUCCAAUGAUUGUUCAUAUUAUGGAUCAACCUGAACUUGAAAAAGAAGAGGGUCCUAUUGGAGUUAUAUGUGCCCCCACCAGAGAACUCGCUCACCAAAUAUACCUUGAGUGUAAAAAAUUUUCAAAAGUACACGGGCUACGUGUCUCUGCAGUAUAUGGUGGGAUGUCUAAAUUUGAUCAGAUAAAAGAACUCAAAGCUGGAUGCGAGAUAGUUGUUGCCACUCCCGGCAGACUGAUAGAUAUGAUAAAAAUGAAAGCCUUGACAAUGUCAAAAGCCACAUACUUGGUACUUGAUGAAGCCGAUAGAAUGUUUGACCUUGGAUUUGAACCCCAAAUUCGCUCCAUUGUUGGUCAGAUUCGGCCAGACCGUCAAACCUUACUCUUUUCUGCAACAAUGCCUCGUAAGGUUGAAAAGUUAGCUCGAGAAAUUCUCACCGAUCCUGUACGAGUUACGGUUGGAGAGGUUGGGAUGGCUAAUGAAGAUAUCACACAGGUUGUUCAUGUACUUCCUUCUGAUCUGGAGAAGUUGCCUUGGCUUCUUGAGAAGUUACCUGAAAUGAUUGAUGAUGGGGAUGUAUUGGUGUUUGCUUCUAAAAAAGCCACAGUGGAUGAGAUCGAAUCUCAACUCCUACAGAAAGGUUUUAAGGUUGCAGCUCUUCAUGGUGACAAAGAUCAGGCAUCACGAAUGGAAACUCUGCAAAAGUUUAAAUCUGGUGUUUAUCAUGCUCUUAUUGCAACUGAUGUUGCUGCCCGUGGGCUUGACAUUAAGUCAAUCAAGUCCGUUGUCAACUUUGAUAUUGCAAAGGACAUGGAUAUGCAUGUUCAUCGUAUUGGUAGAACAGGUCGUGCUGGUGACAGAGAUGGGAAAGCACACACCCUUAUAACUCAGAAAGAGGCUCGCUUUGCUGGUGAAUUAGUCAAUAGUUUGAUUGCUGCUGGCCAGAAUGUUUCAAUGGAACUGAUGGAUCUGGCCAUGAAGGAUGGGCGAUUCAGGUCGAAGCGUGAUGCGAGGAAAAAAGGAGGCGUAGGCGGCGGCGGUGGCGGUGGCGGGAAGAAGGGUAAAGGGAGAGGUGGCAGCAAUGGCCGAGGCGUGCGUGGAGUGGAUUUCGGUCUAGGAAUCGGUUAUAACCCAGAAAGCAGUGGUAGUAAUCCUUCAACAAACAAUGUUCAAAGUCGAUCUGCAGCUGUAAAUUCUCUGAGGACAGGAAUGAUGGCACAAUUUAAGAGCAGUUUCGUCGCUGCUUCAUCAGCUCCUCCAAGUCAGGGUUCAAAUAGCGGCUAUAGUAUGCCAGCAAACAAACGACCAACAUUAGCUGGUUUUGUAUCAGGUGGCUCGAUCGGUGGGGGUGCGAACCGCCCUCCACCUCCUCCGCCAAGAGCAAACUCAUAUGUUCCAAAUGCCGGAGAAUUCUCAAGCCAAAAGAACUCAGAAAGUUCUGGCGACAGGUCCAAGGAAAGGAGAAGACCCUCUGGUUGGGACAGAUGACUACUAGAAUUGGAAGAAAGAUAAAAACUCAGUAGUGUUGAGAGAAAACUGUAUCAGGUUUCAUACACUCUCUCUUUCUCUCUUUGUUUUGUUUAAAUUUGUUUUCACCAAUGUAUGAUUUUAGCUCUUAUGAGAUUGUAGAAGUUGUCUGAUAUAAAAUCAUUACCUCUCUCAUUUUCCCUCUUAAUAUUAAUCUUUGCCUCUCUA